CCAAGGAUGUUCCCCGGAGGUUAACUAAUCUAUCCUAGAUAUAAAUAAACCUCCAGGAUUUGUCAACUGCUAGUUAAAAACUAGUUUAGUGAUAUUAGAUCAGAGUGAACAGAAAAGUUUAGUGAAAAAAUGUUUUAUAAAAUAGAAAUACUAUUAAUAGAGUAAACAUAUUUACAUUCACAAGAUGUUGAAAUGGUUUAGAUGAGAUGGUCCCAAGGGAUCUGUAUAUAUACAACCAUCCAUUACAGCCUGGAUCUUGUAUAAAGGCUAGAGAAUAUCAUCAACAUCUUCAUCUAGAUCAACAUCUACCAGUUCAUAUAGAGAAUCAACCUGCAGGAUCCAAUGGGUUGGAUUGGACUGGAGGCGAAUUGGUUAAUAAUGUAGAAUAUGCAGAAGAAAGCAGGAAACCUAGCCUGGAACUCUCGACAUAUGCUACCAAUGGACCAGCAGUGGGAUUUACUAAAUGAAGGACGUGCUGAGGAACCUGGAUACAACCCUGAUAAUACUCUUACCAGGCGACAGAGAAAAUUUGCAGAUGGAGGCCAUAUCUCCGGGUUCCGGUUUCACGAUAACCUUAACCGUCCUCCGAACCAAGGUCUGCCUCCGGACCCUCUGAUGCAUGACAGGGACGGCAUGCUGGUCGGAGGCAGGGAGAGCAUGCUAGUUGGAGGAAGAGAAACCAUGUUGCUAAGAGGGAUGGGAUCUUCGUUAGAUGGAGAUGUGCGGAUGUAUGACUCCGGUAGACUGCAUAGGAGAAGUUCAAGGCAAAGUCAGGACCUAUACUCUCUACAUAGGGAUGAGUGUGACGGUUCUGAAUAUCUAGAAAGUACAAGAUUUAGCAGUUUACAACGUCCAACUAGACGACAUAGAAAACCUCGAGAGAGUAUUCUUAAGAAUGGAGGGGGAGGAGGAGGAGGAGGGGGAGGAGGUUCUUUUUCUUCGCUUCCGAGAGGAUAUUCACUCAGGAACUAA